CCUUCUCUCAAACUGAGGCUGUGAGGAGAAGAGCUCAUCUCACCAAAGGGAAAAGCUACCACUGGUUCCAAGACCUUUCUUUAGCCCAUGUCGGUCGCCUGAUCCAGUACUUACCAUCCAUGGGGGAACGCCCUCUGGAGCCCUGCGGUCCUUCCCAAUCCUGCUAAGUUCUCAGGAAAUACUGGUGAAGAACUGAGCCCAGAGCAAGCAACGUGGGAUCCACAGAACAACAGCCUUUUACAGCAGCAGCCACCCCUGAUUAAAAUUAUCAGCUUCAUCAGACUGCACCAAGACCCAGGACUGCUCCUCCAAGGAAAGAGGACCAAGCAAUGAUGAAGACCAUGUCCGGUGGAAACUGCACCCUGAAUGUGCCAGCCAAGAACUCUUACCGCAUGGUAGUGCUGGGAGCCUCCAGGGUGGGGAAAAGCUCCAUUGUCUCACGCUUUCUCAAUGGCCGGUUUGAAGACCAGUACACUCCCACCAUUGAGGAUUUUCAUCGCAAGGUCUACAACAUCCGGGGAGACAUGUAUCAGCUGGACAUCCUGGACACCUCCGGGAAUCACCCUUUCCCUGCCAUGAGGAGGCUUUCCAUCCUGACAGGGGAUGUUUUCAUCCUGGUAUUCAGCUUGGACAACAGAGAAUCCUUUGAUGAGGUCAAGAGGCUCCAGAAACAGAUCCUUGAGGUCAAAUCCUGCCUGAAAAACAAGACCAAGGAAUCAGCUGACCUCCCCAUGGUGAUCUGUGGCAACAAAAAUGACCACAGUGAAAUCUUCCGUAAGGUACGCUCAGAUGAAGGUGAGAACCUUGUCUCCAGUGAUGAAAACUGCGCUUACUUUGAAGUUUCAGCCAAGAAGAACACCAAUGUGGAUGAGAUGUUCUAUGUCCUCUUCAGCAUGGCCAAGCUACCUCAUGAGAUGAGCCCUGCCCUCCACAGGAAAAUCUCCAUCCAGUAUGGUGACACCUUCCAACAGAAAUCCUUCCGGAUGCGCCGAGUCAAGGACAUGGACGCCUACGGCAUGAUUUCUCCCUUUGCUCGCCGGCCAAGCGUCAACAGUGACCUGAAGUAUAUCAAAUCAAAAGUUCUCAGGGAAGGUCAGUCAAGGGAGAGGGAGAAAUGCACGAUCCAGUGAAGGGGGCUUGCACUUCUAUCUGAAGUCAUCAUCCACAUGCAGUGCCUUAAAGAAAAAUGGUCUGUGGAAGCACAGAAUGGGCUCACGGGGUUCAUCAAGAAAACCCGACAUGGAGAAAGGAUAACUCUUCUGCAGAUUCUGCUGAGUCACGAAUGUAAAUAACAUCGUCUUUGUAAAUGACUGGGAAAAAUCAUAUGCCUGAGACAUGAGUGCAUUUCUCUGUCUUUGUAAUGUAGUUCCUCUUCAUUCCCCUUUUUGUUUAAAGAAUACGGACCUGAGAAGUAAAGAAAUUUCAACCUCAUCCUUACAAAGAAAGUAGAUAAAAAAUGCACAGAAGGCAUUAACAGUUACCCAGCAUGCAGCUCUUGCUAAGAGAGGAGGUUAUGUGUGUGCGUGUGUGUAUCUCUAUGUGUCUGUGUGUAUGUGUGCAUGCAUGCGUGGAGCACUCCUUUAAAAAAAUGGUACUUGCAUUUCAAAGGGCAACAAUCUUAUUGAGGUUUCCCAGACUGGGAGUGGACUCUAUAUAUGGACACAUGACUCUUAACUCGCUUCUGAGGGGACCUGCACUAAGAUCUUGAUUUUAUGUUUGCUGGGACAGUUAUCAUUUGACAUCAACACGAAUGUUGUUUUGUAUUAUAGAUUUUAUUUGGGAUUUGGUUUUUUAAUUGUCUGGGGGUGGGUUCUUAGCAAAAUCAGAUGGCAAGUGCAUUUCAUAUCAAAACAGUGUCUACUUUCUAGCAGUGAAAGGUGGUUUUCAUCUGUAAAACUAUAUAAUAUGUACAUUGAUUGAAAGUGAAACUGUUCUGCAAAAAGCCAAUACAUUUGACUGCUUUGCAAGCCCGGUGUGAUAUUGUUUCUCAAAGCAGCCACACCAGCUCUGAAA